CAGCGAAUGUAUAUAUACUUUCAGUGAGAACAGACGACAGCUGUUACGUCAUUUUUCUAUAUAAGAAAUAUAGACACUUGAAUACGAAUGUUCAGGAUGAAAUGUUUUCUGUGCUGGUAUCUUGUCAUUGUUUAUAUUAGUUUGUGGCCAUGUUGGGAUGCACACUGGCUUACGAAAAGCGAGUUACGUCGUGCCAAAGCGAUUAGAGACGAACGGCAGCGCUACGAAAUGUUGUAUCCAAAUUUGAAGGUCAGAGAUUGUUCGGCCAGAACAAUUUGCCCUCACAUCGUGAAAUAUAACAAAGGUACUGGUGCUGCAAACUGUCGAUUUUAUUACGAAUAUGAAUUAUGUGCUGCCAAAACAAACUGGUAUUGUGUUGAUGAGUACCUUUAUGAAUAUGUGAACUAUAACUGCGGUCCUACAGCCCCACCACCACUAUCCAUGAAUGGUGCUUUGGCCUGUUUUACAUCUCCACACAGUAUAUUACCAGUUCUUAUUCUACUGAUAUUGGUGUGAUGGAUUCAAAGUCAACUGAAAGAAAUAUAUCUGAUUUCAUAUACUAUGCAGUAAUUUGUUCUUAAACUGUUUUGACUAUGGCGACCAGGAAUACUUGUGCAAAUAAAAACCUGUGUAAAUUUAA